UUGUUUUUUGAUAAAAUAUUAUUGUGUUUCCUUAAGUUGUUCCUACCGCCAUAAAUAACUUCCUUACGGGUGUGUGUUUAGUGUUAUACUAUAGGUAGUCUGCGUGGCAUUUUCUGUCGAUUAUAUAAUCACGUAAAAAGAUUAACCGCUAUUAUUUACUUUCCCAACAAAAGGUCAAUGGGCAUCGACGCAUCGUAUUUACGGUUACAGCUACAUACCAAUUUUCAUCACUAACCACAAGCUCUAUUUUUUCGCGAAUAACUAUGGCAAGCAAUGGCGCGCUAGUAUGGAUUGACUGCGAGAUGACGGGUCUCGACCCUGAUCGUGAGGAAAUCAUUGAGAUUUUCUGUAUUAUCACAUCGGGGACGUUGGAUGUCUUGGACGAGAAUGGUUGGGGAGCCGUCAUCCACCAGUCACAGGAGAGAAUGGACAAGAUGGACGAAUGGUGUACACGGACGCAUGGGAAUAGCGGCUUGACGGCUGCCGUGGUGUCUUCCAAAAUGACCCCUGAACAAGCAGCAGAUGAAUUAUUGGCAUACAUCAAGAAAUAUGUGCCAGAGCGAGGCGCAGUGCUAGCCGGCAACAGUGUGCACGCAGACCGAGCAUUCCUUCGAAAAGAGCCGUACAAGAAAGUGGUCAGUUACCUACAUCACCGAAUCCUAGAUGUCAGCACUCUAAAGGAGGCUGCACGGCGAUGGUGUCCGAGAAGUGUUAUAAAGAAUGCACCGAUAAAGCAGGGGUUGCACCAAGCGAAAGAGGAUAUCCUCGAGAGCAUUGCUGAGGCUCGAUAUUACAAGGAGAUGAUUUUUGACCGCGCCGUUGAGCACGUUGAUAAAGCGAACGACGGGACAAGUCAAGAGUAAACUAGAUCAGGUGGUUUAACAAUGAACAUAUACCUAUACCUAACUCAAAUCUCUCCAAGUAUUUUAAUAUUGUAUCCACCUAGGUUAGUGGAAUAGAUGGUACGGUAUUAAAAUACCUCUAAUUUUCAGCAUGGCGUUUACGAUAGCGUUUGUCGCGGUAUCGAAAAAGGCGGGAUGCGGUCCAUCAUUAAUAUAGACUCGACAAUUCAUAUACGAAAAAAAGCAUUG